AUGCAAGAAACGCAGCUGGAUGUAUCCGACGAUCCUGCCGCGGUCCUCAUGCGAUCACGCCGUGAUAUUCAACUUACCUCUACUGUGGAAGAGUAUGUCGUGAUAUUGAUGUUGCCAAAAAGACAUAGAACAUCACUACUUGCUGAAGUGGCUACGGAAGAAAAAAGGGAGCAAGAACAAUUUAUAAAGGGACUGGAGGAACAAAUGGAACGCCCAUGCAAUAUAACACUGACAGUUGUUGGUCACCAAGGAGUCGGAAAGUCAUGCUUGGUGAAACAACUUCAACGGGAAAGUAUCCCAGCGGGCAGACCGGGCUCAACGGAUACUGCUGAGUUUUAUGCACACUACAUGGGCUUCAACCCGAAUACUGGAUACAGGCAGAAAUUGGACCAAAACGGUGAGAUUGAAUGUGGACGCCGGAGAUUAAACAGGAUCAUUCAUAGAUAUCAAAGGGGAUUGGAAGAUGGUGAAGCGCGAGGGAUAGAAAGUAAACAAGACCGACAUGAUAAUAAACAAACCACUGACCCUUCAUCUACGGCCACGCCUGAGCCAUCAGCUGCGUCGGCGUCUGUGCCUUCACCAGCGAAAAUGUCAGAGUUUCAAACUCGGAAUCCCAGUCUUUCUCUGGAACAGAAAGCGGUUAUAGAGGAGGUAAUGCGCCCAGAGGAAAAGGAAACAGGGGAAGUGAAGGGAUUCGUCACCAUAUAUGAUUUCGGCGGUGAGAAGGUGUUCUACAACACCCACCAUUGCUUUCUGUCAAGCAACAUGGUUUUUAUUUUGGUGUUUGACGUAGCCAUGUGUUUGGACCCACACAAAUCAAAAGAGGGUUACGAAAUAACCGAGUUUUGGCUGAUGUCGAUUGCUACGUAUGCUGUUGACAAGGAUUCGCGAGGAAACGGAACCCCACCCAUCAUCCUCGUGGGAUCACACAUGGACCGUGUUUCUGAUGACAAAGAAGAACAGAACAAAGCGUUUCUCACGGUGAUAAACAAAUUGAGAGGGAAGCCCGAAAUCCGUCAUAUUAUGGAAAAACAUGUACAGGAAAUGUUUCAUAUUGCAAACCUGAACGACGAUUCUCAGAAUAAAGAGAUCUACGAUCUGAUUUGGAAAACGCUGAUGAAAGUGGCACCACUGCAAUCUCGUUGGGAAUUACCGGUGCCGGCAAGAUGGCUGGCACUCGAACAUGCUUUGGUAAGGUGUAAGAAGGCAGGAAGUAUAGUCCUGACAUAUGAGGAGUUGAUGGAUGUAAACAAGAACCUUGCAGUGCCAAUACCAACACACGCUAUCAUGGACUUUUUGAAAUAUCUGAAACUUGACGGAUGUUUCCUCUGCUUUGAUCUCCAUACCAAGAGACCAUUCAUUGUUCUCCAACCACAGUGGAUAAUCGACGCAUUCAAAGCCAUUAUCACGGCCCCGACAUUCGCAGCGAAUCUACCGAUCAGUAUGAGACUUCAAUGGGAGGACUAUGAAAAAUCUGGUCUUCUUAAAUUGAGCUUCAUCAAACAACUUUGGGCAGAGAAAUUUCAUGAAAACGAAGACAAACUCUACAUCGCAAUGGAAACUAUUUGUCUUCUUGCCAAACCAUUAACAGAUGUCCCGAAUGAUGAUGUUGACUACUUCAUUGUACCUAGCAUGCUCCAACCAGCCACUCCCGAGAAAAUCAUACCGGUUCUCGAAGAACCCAACACUGUCAGCACCGUCACUCUUUGUCUAAAAUUUGACAAUCAAUUCAUCCCUCCGGCAGUGUGGGAUAAAUUCCUUGCGGCUUGCAUACACAGGUUUCAGCGACUGAAUGAACCCGGUCACGCUGACUUAAACGUUUUACAGCGUGGGUUUGCCUGUUUGUCCAUGAAUUUCAUGUGGAACAUGGUCAUCCACUGUCACAGAAACGCUAUGAAAAUCAAACUAUUCAAGAGGGCUACAACUAAUGUACAGCCAGCAGGAGCUGGUGUCAUUAUUGUAGGCAUUCUAGAAUAUCUUCUCCAACAAGUCCUUGAAUCCAGCCACCAAGAUCACCUAAGAUACCAAUUUUACCUCCAUGAUAACCAUCUUUUCACGCCUGAUGACAAAAUGGCCAGAGUAGAGGAUCUUAGACUGACGACUCAGUUACCAUGUUACGGUUCAAAAGGACAUGGAUUUAUAGAAAGAGAGGAUAUCCUUGACUGGUUUAAACACUCAACUCUAGAGCCGGAAAAACAGAUUCCAAGUGGCAGUUGUGUAAAGAUAAAUGACUUAGAUGAUAGGAAGCCGACCAUCAAAGAAAUUGGUAGAGUCUCUAAAUACAUUGGAAAAUCCUACCAAACGUUCUUUGUCGGGCUUGGCUGUCCUAUUGAGCUAUUGGAGCAGGAGAUGGAAGAGCAUCGCCACCUCACGUUUAGAUCUUGUCUGACGAAGAUCUUCCUUCAACUACGCAACAUGAAGGUAGACAUUAGUUUCGGAAAUUUAGCCGAGGCUAUGUCAAAAAAUGGAAUGAAUCCUUCACAGCUUCAACAUGUCCUUGACGAUAACAGAAAUAAAGAGUUUAAAGAUGAAACUUUGUCGAGGAGCUCCCUGCAAAAAUCUCUGACAGGCACUGAUGUUGAUCUCAUUGAAAAUCAUUCGAAUUUCAAACCGUACUUUAACUUUUUUCUUGAAAUGGGAUUUUCUCCGAAGUCUAUCGACGAGUUCGAUUACCAUUACAGAAACAAGAAACAUCGUGAGAAGAUCAAAGCCAUGCUGAUGGCUUUGAUCGAUGAAAUCCAGCCCCGCCCGAAUUGGAACACACUCCUUUUGGCGAUGGAAGAAUGCAAUAUGGACACAGAAUCUCUGCUCGAAGCCUUGAAGUCAAAAUAG